GCGCGAAACAUUUAAUUUAAUAAAGCAGUUAGUGACGUCUUUAUUGAUCUCAAACAGACCGAAAAGUUUAAGCCUGUCAUUACGCAAUUUACUAAUCCCGUGGGUGUCGGCUUAAUACAGGUUUCACUAUGAAGCGAGCUUAUCCAGCUUCCGGUGUUAAGUCCAUGUGAAAUUUGACACCAUUCAGUAGCUCAGUAAAAGAAAAAGGUCCCAUAUUUUUGGGUGUUAAGUUGGGUAGGGGCGAGGUGAGUAAGAGCACGACUCUUGGAAUAAAGCUUACAGUUUUCCAAUUACUACUUAUUUACUUGUAAAAAAUCAUUUCUCCGUAUGAUGAUAGAAGUUUGAAUAGCUUGUCACAAGUUAUUUAGGAUGGCUUUUUUAUUGCUUUACUUCGCGACGUGAUUGGUCUAGAAAACUCACGCCACCUUUCAAAUGCAAAACUAAGACAAACCGCGAUUACGCACUCACAUUUUCCCGCGCAUCAGGCACAUUAUCGGCUUUAAAUUCGAGCUCUCAUUGGCUAAUAGUGAUGUCAACCUUCACUCCGAUUGGCUUUUUUAACUGCUUGAAAAUUGCUGUGAAUUCGGUAGUAAGCUUUCACAAGCCUUCUGUCGCCAUUCAGGUCCUAACAACAAAAGUUUAUAUUUAGUUGACGGUAUCAGAAAGGAGGGAAAAAAAAGAGCCAUGGCACGCGUUGAAUAUAAACUUUAUUGUGUAUAAAUAUUGGCCGUUUAGAUGAAAAUGAUAGUGGAUGGCGCCUCGGUGACUUAAGAAAAUAAACAAAAUGAUACAAGAAGACCGAAUUGGAGUCAUCAAUAUCCUUAUCUAGAAUUGCGGGAACACUGUCUUUGAGUCAGGAUCGAGUAAGGGCUUACGAGUAUGUACAGUCGCGUAAACAGCAGGUGACCAUGCAGUUGCAAGACAGAGACAUGCACAAACAGCUCUUGACAAUGCGUUCAAGCAUCUCCAGUCUCCGAGAGGAGCUUAAAACCGAGCGGGAGGAAUGGGAAUUAGAGAACCAACAAGAAGAUACACCCGAACCCGAACCCGAACCCGAACCCAAACCCACCCACGCUCGAGGCUACGUCACCAAAGUUGAAGUCGUAAACAACGAUCGGGAAGAGCUCAGAAUAAGUCACGUUAAACAAGAUUCCGGGAUCUUGAGCGAUGAAGAACGAAGCGAUGAUGAGGAGUUAGAGGAGAGUGUACAAGAAUUGUUAAAAACCUUUCCGCCACCCGUCAGACCUAGAAGCAGCUCUUUUUCUUUUUCUUCCAAGUAUGCCGGUUACGGUGUGAAACGAGAAGAAAAUGGCGGUGGUGAAACUGAGCGUGGACCCACGCGUGGGGUAGUCCGAGUCCGCGCGCGGAGUGUUGCGGGAAUCGAAGUCGAACGACCAUCAACCGACGUAGUGUCACCGCGAAAUCGACCCCAGUUCUUUGCGGACGGAACUUUCAAUCGCUUUGGAAGUAUGCCAGUUAUCAACGAGAUUCCCGGAGACGCUCUACAGCGGAACACAACCAGAUCAAAAACUUUCGCUUUUUAUGGAUAUCGUCGCCAACAGAACGAAGUCGAGGACGACAACAGAGUGUCUUACCCUUCCCCAAAAAAACUACCUGUUGUAUUUGGCUCACUCACGAGGCACGGUAGCAUGCCCGUAAUGCAUAACGGGGGACGACCGCGGUCGGGGACUGGGUCAAAAAACACAAACGAUAAUGUGAGACUUGUUGUCAGUAACCAGCCUAUCAAAAGAUCGACAAGUCAGAUCGUCCUCAGCAGGCCAGCUUGGGAUAAAGCCAGGGAAUUUGAAUCAAAUCAAAUGAGACCUUGUAGAGUUUAUAGAUCCACCAGUCAGGUCUCUCUCGUUUAAUAUUCUUUGCACGACAAGACUCCACUGAAGGGAGGAGCAAAUUGCCGCCACAAAAGAUUCAGUGACACUUGUUUCCAGAAACCAGCCUAUAACAUAAAAAAUGUUUUAUAAUAUAAAGAUCCAUUAGAGUAGCUGAGAAACCAGGAUUAAAGUAAAUUUUCAUUUCAGUUUCAAAA